UUACGGUUGCUCUAAAAGCACUUUCUUUCAUUACUUAUCGAUUGAUGUCGGCGAUGAAAAUUUCCGAAUCAAUAAUUGAAAAACUAUUCCGUAAGUUCCCAUGAGAAGAUGAAUACCGUCUCUCAAGAACCGUUCAAAGUACAUCUAUGGGAGUCCAUAAGAGCAGUGAAAUUAUUACAAAUAUUAUCUGUAUCGUUAGGGUUAUCCAUUCCAAACCUAUAUGUUUAUGAAGGACUUUCAAUAUUCUACGUGAUCUACAGUGUAUUACUUUGUUUGGUACAAACUGUAACGUUGAUUUUCAAUAUAGUCAUAACAACUGGAAAUCAGUACCAUCUCCAGCCGUUGAGCACCAAUAUACUCCAUACAGUGGCUUUGUUUCUAUCAACAGCAACAAAUAUAAUUUCUAUAAUCAUGACGGUGACCCUGAAGAGAAGAAAGAUGGUGAAAUUAGCGAAAACUAUCAGUACACUGGAAAAACAAAUGCAACUGAAGUAUCAAGAAACAAUUAUAUACGAUAACAACAAACUCAUCACUAAGUUUCUGUUAUUUCAGUCCUUUAUCAUCGGAAUCAAUUUGCAUCAGUUGUAUAUUUAUAGUGGUCUAUUUAAUUCUUCAUUUUGGCAUGUAGCUGUUUACUGUUUGUCCAAAUCAGACGUGAUGUCAAUUUCGAUUAUUGUAUCACAAGUGUAUUUUUACUGUUCUUGCAUCAAGAGGAUAAUACAAUUCACACAUGAGAAUAUGGUGAAGAAAAUUCGACCAGUCAAGUCGACAAAUUUUGUGGAUCAUGAACUGAAAGACAUUUUCAGGAUUGAAACCGAUUUUUUCGUGAAAAAGUAUGACAUGAUUUGUGAUAUUACAGAUAUGGUUGGAGAUAUUUUUGAUACACAAAUAUUUUUCAUUCUUAUUUGCAUAGUUAUUGAAGUUCUCCAUGGUAUCAACAAUUCACUUCGAGUUAUACUGGGAUCACAAAUAUUUGAACCAAACUCUGUGUCUUUGAUUGUAAUCAGUGGAUUCAAUAUUCUGCAAUACAUACCUCUAUUCAAAGUAUAUUAUCAGCAUUAUCUUUUCAUGAUUACCUUUUUUAUGCAUUCGGUGUCAUCAUAUCAUUUCAUUGCCAAGAAACAACUAAUGAAGCAAGAAAACCUCCUAAAACUUCCUGAAUCUUGGCAUACCAUUAGUAAAACCCCUGUAUUAGAAGUAAAUCAACAGCAUUAUCUUUUAAUAAUGGCCAUUUUUCAGACUUUCGGUGUCAUCUUAGCAUUGUCUUGCCAGGAAACAGCGAAUGAAGCAAGAAAAACUUCCAACAUCUGUUAUAAAUUACUUCUGGACUUUCCGUCUCACAGCAAGAACUCCCAAGAAAUUAUUAUUGAAGAAGACCUAAAGCUUUUGAUUGAACAUGUGAGAAUUAGGAAAGUUCAGUUCUGGGCAGGAACAUUUCCUGUGGACUCCUCUAUGUUGUUCAUGAUAACUGUAAUAAUUUUAACAUUACUUCUCAUCAUCUUGCAACUUGAAUAUAAGAUUUAGUUACAACCGUUAGAGCAUACAGAUACAGAUAAUUUAUUCAUCGUUAAAGUUUUUUACACAAUGGUACAAAAUAUAUAUUAUUGAAACUCACAAAAACAUUAUAGAACUCACAAGAGAAUAUGAAAAACUCACAGACAAUUUUUAUAUACAUACAAACAGUGAGAUACUCCUCUAUUGUAUAAAAAGUAUUUACAUUUAGGUAAUUAAAUAAUGUUGUUUUGAAGGUAUUAAAAAUUUUUAUCUCUCCAAAGAUCUCAUUGAAACGGUUAUAACAUAGAAUGUCUUGGUAUUUUGGAGAAUUCUGUCCCACACUAAUUAACAAUUGAUUGUUUAAUAUUUUCCUUUGUAUUCUAUCUGAAAUCGGUUACGAUGUAUUUGGAAAUUUCUUCCAUCGCUGGUGAAUAAACAUUAUUGUUGUUAUUAUUAUUAAUGGUUAAU